AGGUGAAGUGCCUAGCAAGGCACAAAAAAGCACACAAAUUUGAUUUUUAAUUUGUCUACCUUCUACAGAUUUCAUUUUUCUCUUGGAAAUCUUGGCCAGCAGGCCCCUUAAAGCCACGUCCCAGGACCCUGGCAUCCUUCCAUCCCCAACCCCUUUUCACCAUGAUCUGUGUCUGUUCCUGCUCCUGUGUUUGCAGGAUGAGGAAGCAGCAUUGUCUAAACAGCAUCUGUUUGAGCAAGGAAACAGCAGCAGAAAGGUGGCUGGAGAAGACCCCAUUGCUCAUCUGCAACAGCUGAACCUCCCAGUCACACAUGAUUUCAGGAUGCUGUUGCUCAGUUUUGCAUCUUGUUAACUUCUCCCUGCCUAAUGAGGCCCCUCCUCUUCCCUGCACACCUCAUGCCAUGCCAUGAUCACCCCAUAGACUUGUGCCUUCUGUCUCCCAUCAGUGCCCCAUGGCUCCUGGUUUGAACAUGUCCGAGGCUGGAUGGAGAUGAAGGACAGGGAGAAUUUCUUCUUCAUCACCUACGAAGAGCUGAAACAGGACCUGCAAGGCAGUGUGAGACGCCUCUGCCAUUUUCUGGGACAGAAUUUGGAUGACGAUGCUAUCUCCUCAGUAGUCCAAAAUGCCUCCUUCACGGCCAUGAGGCAAAACCCUAUGUGCAGCUCCAUCUUGCUCCCUGCAGACAUCAUGGACCAGACCAAAGGCCAGUUCCUGAGGAAGGGCAUCUGUGGGGACUGGAAGAACCAUUUCACAGUGGCACAGAGUGAGACCUUCAACAGAAUCUACCAAGAGAAGAUGAGGGGUUUGGACGUGGCCUUUCCUUGGGACAGAGACCAGGAUCCAGACCUAACUGAGGCCAUCUGAGUAAUGAGUAUCAGCCAUCUAUUGGCAACAGGGGUAAUGGGUUGCUGUUGGACACAGGGAGUUGAAUCCUGGGGUAUAAAUGUCUGCAACAUGAAGCAGAGUAACUUUUUUGGUAGCUGCAACCAGCUGAGAUGUUUUCCUGGGGUAGCAGGAGAGCAGCAGAGAAAAUAGGGAGGGGGAUGUGUGUGGAGGUGCCCUUUCUAUUUGCAGUUCCCAAUACAUGGGUGCUCUGAAUCCAUGGAGUUUUUCCAAGCAUGAUGUACACUGUCAGGUCUGGGUAUUGCACAGGAUUGAAUUCCUGGGAAAGAAUGUCUGUACAAGGCAGUGUUGCCAGUGCACCUCUGUUGAUCUACUGUUGAUCUAUUAUCAUAGAAACUAAACUAAGUGAUGAGUUUAAAUGAAGCAAAGCCAACUGUGUGCUGUAUCAUGGGGAUUUACUAGCUCAGCAUAGUCAGUGAAUGGGAAAUAUGUGCUGCAGAACAGGAACUUCCUGAGAUUCUACCCAAGAACUAGCAGGAUCAUGGCCAAGUGCAUUGCAGAUAGUCAGACUUGUAAAGACUUUUUGUCUAUGUCAAACCCUACAGAAGGACUUAGUGAUAUCAAAGAAGGGGAAGACUUUUGUGCAUUUUGGCUCAGACACGGUUCUGUGAUGUGUGUAUCUCCAAGCCUCCACAGAGCAUACAGGGAAACCCAGCUCUUUGCAAGUGCCAAAAUACAGCUUGUAAAAUACCCCACAGCUUUACUUCCUGGACAUCCUGCCAGAGUCACUUAGGCAUGACUCCAGCCUUGGCCAGACACAACCUGAUCUAUUCAGCCAUAGAAAGUUAUCUUAUGGACAGUGAGCAGUGCCUUCCAUAUUGGUAGGUCUGGCAUGUUCAUGUUGUGCAGUGUCAUAGCUAGAAAGUGACCCAACAUAUAGUAAGACUAUUAACCUAGUUGGCAGUGCAGACUGACGUGUUUAUGGUGGACCCAUUCAGGCCCAUCUCAUUCUGGUUAAUGAUCAUUAGCGUGGGAGCUUAGAAAUAAAGGAUAUGUGGCACAGCAUUAGCAGGUGCCUACAAAGUUAUGGUCAAAAUUGUUUCCUCUUUUAUAAACUACAGUAGAAUGAUCUAGCUCGUGUGCUGAUUGCCUUAUUUAUAUGUUUGCAUUCGAGCUAUGUGUGAUGCAUUCUACACCAAGCAUGAUUAUUACUGUCCCACCAGCCUGCUAAUACUGUGGGUUUGGGCCACUGCCUUAGCCAGACUUUGUAGAAACUGAUUAUCAAGCAGCUUGUGGGGCAACAGGCUAUGUUCAUAUCCAAAUAAAGAUGAGUUAAGCGCUGUGUGGUGUCUCCAACGUCAUUCAGUGCACAUAUGGUACCCACUUUGACCUUGGAGAUAUUAAAGCAUUAGAUACAGGCCUGAUGCGAUGAGCAAUGAUGCAUACAAAAGCCUUUUAUUCAAUAUAAAAUGACCGAAAGGCUUUGUUGGCUACUGGAAAAGAAGUUUUAAGCCUCUUAAACUCCUUUUCCAGCAAGAGAAGAGCGUAUGGAAAAUGCAGCAAAUACAGGUGUUCCAGCUGAAGAGUUAUUUUCAUGAUUGCUGUUUCUCCAGUUAACUCACAUCAUGAAUAUGUAGAAACUAAACUCUGUGCUCAGGGGAAGCCAUCAUUUGUAUUUUAUGCCCUUGAAUGUUCUCACCUCGGAUCCACCACCAAAUUUCGCAUUGCAUUAAUGCACUGAUGUCAAGUCCCAAACAAAAUCUCUUUGGUAACUUGUUUCAGUUCUCACAUCUAAUCUUCAUCCCAUAGAAAACAGCCAUGACAGGCUUCUUAAGAUCCCGCUAUCUCAAAUAUAUUGAUCUGAGGAGCACAGCAAAUCUGUUGUCAGAAUGUGGAGUGAAGAGCAUCUCCAAAGCAAGCACUGCGAAGUAUGAGCAUUGCUACCCAGGUGCUCUGUGUGAUACUAACCCACCAAAGUUUGGGUAUAAGCUCUUUCCCACCUUGGCUGCACAAAGCCACACUCUUCAUACUCUUUUUUACACUAGGAAUGCUAAUGAUACUAAAUCUGGAUCCUCAGAACACGGUGAUGAUGUUAUUAGGAGACAGCACAGACACUUAUUAUCUUCAGAGAAACUGAUCACCUGGUUAAAGACACAGGAGGUCUUUGUCGUCCCACGUUCAUAACAAACUGAUAAUGAUGAUGCUAAAGCAGCCAAAGACACUGCUUUCCCUGGUGUGAAUGCACUGGACAAAUCAAAUGUGUGGCUGCAGUAAAAUCAAGACACUUAGCUUAUUUUCAUGCUUUCCUGAGGAGAUGCAUCAGAGCUGGGGUCUGAUCCACCUGCUCCAGCACAAGGUCGUCUGUGGGAUGCAGCAUGGAGAUCAUGAGAGACAGUGGUCACACCUGUAAUGUCCCAUUGCCACUUGAACCCAAACAUUAGGUCAGACAUAGAACAAAAUAGAAUAGUUCAGUAGGAAGGGACCUAAAAAGAUGAUUGGGCCCAACAGCCCAAUCUCUUCACAAUUAACUAACCACUGAAACAUACUGUUAUGGGCAUUAUCCAAAUGCUUCUCACCAUAGUUUUGGCUGGGAAAUUUGUAUAUCCAUUUUAUGUACUAUUUCUCCAUCGAUCCUUUUACAGAGCUCUGUUCUGCAUUUUUGAUGAAAAUAGUGCUGAUUCCUUACUGGUGUUUAAGCUGCUGCUGAGUUUAUGUUUUCAUCCACCAAACUGGCAUUCUUAUCAUACAAGGAGAUCAAGUCAAUAAAAUAGGAUUUACAUUUUAA